GCACAGGCAGCUGCCAAAAGAUGAUGGGGAUUGGCCUGUGCACCUACGAUUCGUCUGUGGUGAAGGCUUUGCCGACUGUGAUGACCCAGGUGUCUGUGGCAACCAACCCCAGCCACUACGGGAACCCAAAGACAGGUUGCCAAAUUGAUGAGGAAGCCGUGCGUGUUAGUGGUAUGUCCGGAGACUUCUGCAGUCCCAAGUGCGACAGCCGUGACGCCUGCCCGAAAGACAUGCCUGCGGGGGAUUCGGCAGACCCAGAAUGCGCUUUGCGAACUGGUUCGGGAGAGAAGUUCUGUGCACUCCUGUGCACUUCGGACGCGGACUGCGGCCAGGGCCUUUGCCAGCACAUUCUGGGCACCGGGAUUUGCACUUACACGUCAAGACAUCAGAGCUCGAGCCUGCAG